AGGCGUCACUCCGCUUCCUCUGGCGCUCUCGACUUUGACUACGAAUGUUCCCAUUUCUCAGCGAGAGAGAGAGAGAGAGAGAGAGAGAGAGAGAGAGUGAGUGAGACGAGAUUGCGGAGUACUUGGAGAUGGAGAGCACGCAGUGGCGGAAGGGGCAGUCUCCAGGGAGUGCGAACCGUGGAGGCGGCAAGAUUUGUCGCCGUUGCGGGUGGGUGUACCCGAACGCGCACCCUGGCAAGAAGCACCGGCAGGCUCACCAGAAGCGAUGCCGCGCCACAGCUUCCAUGCCGGCGGAUGACGCCGGUAAUGUCGCUGCUGGAGUGGUGGAUGUGAGCGUGGGGCCUUGUGAGCUGCUUACGGAGGAGAAUCAUGGUGGAAAAUGUGGAGAGGAGGUGAUGGGGGUAUCAGUGCCCGAGGGGGAAGAAGGAGAAGAUGUGAGAGACAUGAGUCCAUCCGGUGGAGACGAUGAAGAAAUGGUCAAAAAUACGAUUUUGGAGAUUGCAUUUGUGGAAAAUUCUCAUAAGUAUGCUCUAGAUCAUGGCGAUAUGGUUCAGAGUCCUAAUGAGGAACCAAUUGAAACUCAAGCUGAGAGUUCAAUAUGCUUACAAAGUCAUUCAGUGCCAUCUGGGGCUCAUGUGGUUUAUGCUUCUGAAGAUUCAAACUUUGUUUUUUAUUCCACUUCAACUGAUGGAUCUUUACUGGCAGCUCCAGAGGAAAUGGAUUGUGCUACAGCUCAAAGCAUACUGGAUACUCCAAUUAGAGUAACACCUUAUGAUUUCAGUUUGACUGUAGAUCGUGCUAGUCCAGUGAAUGUGCAGGUAGCCAAUUUGGUUCAUGAAGUGACUGCAAAUGCAGUAGAAUCUAAGUUAUACAAUUAUCAAGAUAUGAAAAGUGAUGUUGCUAAAGAAGUGUCUGAAGCUCAACCAUCUUGCAAGGAUGGAGCAUUCACUUCAGAAACUAAUACCAAUGGGCUUUUUGAUGUUUCUGUUCAUUCCUCUGGAGAUAUUCAUCAAGCUGAGAAGCCUGUUAAUUCUCUUCUAAUUAUGAAUAAGUUUGAGGACUCGCAUACUUUACCAUUGGCAUCAACCUCAUGUUUGGUGGAAGCGUCUGAUGUCAAUCCUGAUUCUCUUGAAGACCAUGGGUCUUCUUGCAGUGAUGGAUUGUGCUCGUUGGAAAAUAAUGCUUGUGAAUCUUUUAAUAUUUCGGCUCAUUUCUCUGGUUGUGACAACCAAAACAGCAAUGCUUCACUAGAUGGAAGUGAGCCUGAAGAUUGUCAUUCAUCAGCAGCGGUGUCAAAGGCAGUUUUGGUGGUAUUGGAGCCUGGGUAUCUUGAAGCCUUUGCAGAAGAGCCUGAUCUUACUAAACCUUGUGGCAAUGCUGAAGUAGGGAAAAACAUUGAUAAAAAUGUGAAUGACAGUCCAUCAUUCAUUUCAGCAGAUGAAGAAUUUUCCUUUCACAGAGAAACAUUUGAUGGAAAUAAAACCAAUGAGAUAAAUAACGAUCAUAACUAUAAGAAUGUGAACAGUAGAAUCCAGUUGACCAAUGAACUUGAGCAUGAGGUGGCUGUGGCAAUAGUAAAUUUUCAAGGUCCCAAAGAAGAAAUGGAUCAACUUCAGAGAGAUAACCGAGUCACAAGUGUAGAGCUAUCAGUAGAUCAAGCAAGGGAUAUAAAUCGAACUUCUGAUUCAUGUGAAACUGAUUGCUCAGCAAUUGAGAAAGAAGCAGAUAAACUAGAAUCACUUUCCAAAGGCCUGGAUGCUUAUGAAUAUAGUGAAGCUAAUUUAACAAAUGCAGAUUCAGGCAUGCGUCGAUUUAAUGUGAGUUCUGUAAUAAAUAUUGAAAGUCAAAUUGAUAGACAAGCCAAAACACCAAUCGACCACAAUUUUAUGAACAAGGAGAAGAUGCAUGAAAUGGGACAAGAAGGAAGUUAUUCUAUGGACCCAAGAUCUUGUUCUCAGUCUCUUUCUUAUCCCUUUAUACCGAUGCCUCCACAUGGAGAUGAAUCUGAGAAGACAGAUCUUCUAAACAGAAAUGGUGCCAUAAGUUUAAAACAACAUUAUAUUAGUUCCAGUGAAAUAUUUGAACAAUCUGGGGCAGGCAAUCAAACAAUUGAUCAUUCUGAUAGAAAGGCAGAAACUUUUGUUCUUCAAGCUAUUGCAGAACGUAGUGUUGGUGGUGAUGGUAUCAGUUCCAGUUACUCGCACAGUGUUUCUGAUUGCAACUCAGAUCAACAACGUACACAAGAAAUUCUUGAGGAAAGAUUCGAACAACCAUCUUCUUGUGACAAAACCAUUGAUCAUCCUGAUGGAAAGGCAUUAAUUACUGUCUUUGAAGCUACAUCAGAGAGUGCUAUUCAUGAUCAACAUUCUUAUGGAUUGGAUGUCCAUACAGGCGGGACAAACAAUGUGGAGACCAUCCUUUUAUCUCAGCUGAAGCAGGAUGUUCAUGAUAUUGCAAAAAUUGAACUUUUGAACAGUGACAAAAACAAUCCGGAUAGUCUAUUUGUUGCAAAUACAGAUGUUCAUAUUGCUUCUGGUGGAAAAGAAAAUACUUGCUGCAGUAUGUAUAAGGAAGAAUCAAAUGCCAGACAGUGCAGUGAAGUAUGUUUGUUCCCUGAAGGUGGAGAAAGCAUUACAACUGAACCUGAGAAAAUGUCUACUAUCGUUCAUUCUUUGGCUGGGAAGCCUUCCUUGGAUCCCCACGCAAAAAUUAAUCAUCAUAUUGAAGUUACUUCCAACAACUUCGAUCAGCCUUCAAAGGAGGAAAACGUUCAUAUUGAAUGUAUGGAACAAACUCAGUCAUCUGGUGGAAAAUUGGAUGACACGGUGGAACCUAUGGAAGAGGCUGACUCAUCUAACAAGAAAACACUUGAUUCGGUCAAGGAGAACAUUGAAACAUGCAGCAUUCGUGCGUUAAGGAGCUUGAUGCCAGAGGGAGCAAUUCCAUCCAUGGGGUAUGUAAUCGAAGCAGAAUCCAAUCUUGAUGUGGCAGCUUCACCACCUACCAAUUCCCUGACAGCGAAGGAGCUACUAUCUGAUUUAACAGCGGCCGAUGCUUUUCAAGGCAAUGUUGAUAUCUUUGACAUGUUGGAGAUAUCUUUGACUACACUGGUUGAAUCUGGCCGACGAUCAGUUACUAUGGAGAAUGCAACAGUUGAAAUCCUCAAACAAGAAUUUGCAAAAAGAAACAGUAUCGACGAAAACACUGACAAUUUGCUAGACCUGAACUUCGGGCAACCACAAGCUAUAUUGAAGAAUCUCCUAGCCGAAGCACACGUCGAAAGAAAACAGAAAUUUGCCAGCGGCCGAGACGACACUGCAGUUUUGAGCUCCAAAAGAAUAAGUUGGCAUACCGAGAAUGAUGAGCAUGCUCUAGAACCUGCAACACUCAAAACAGUUUCUGAAAGAUCGAAUGAGUUCUUGGGCAAUCGAGCAUAUCACAAGGAAUGGAACUCACCUGCGAGAUUACCCGUCACCAAACACAACAAGAAGAAAGUAAAGCGGAGGCAAACCUGGAUACCAUUCAUUUGUUGUUCAUCCAUCCACUGAAGUCUAUCGCAAAGGGUCUCAUUUGUUUGGGUCAUGGUCUGUCAUGCAAUUCUUGUUUCUCCAUGUUCCUUCCUAGAGCAAUAAACCAUGUAAUAUGCAGAGAUAUGUCGCAAGUCAAGCUUUAUUGUUUAAUUUAGAUAAUGUGACUAUGUUGUUUGUUC